AUCUCUACAGAAGUGGGUACAACUCAUCCAAUGGCGGCCCUCUCUCUCCUCCUCGCUGUAUAUUCUCUCUCUCUCUAAAAAUUGAAUCCGCGUGCCGAAGAUUUCCUACUCAGGAAGGAAGGAAGGGAGAAGAAGAAGGGAACGUGGAGGAAGCGAGAGGGGAGGAGAUCUUUGGCUGAAUUACUGGUUCUCUCGUUUCUCGAAAUCCACCAGAUUUCAAUUACCCCCAAAAAUGAACGACCUUUUGACGGAUUCCUUUGUGUCCGGGCGGGAUCAAGGUGGUAGAAAUGGUGAUAUUGAAAUGGGAACAGGAAUGGAGAGACAAACGCCUUCAGCAGAAACUGGUUUGGAAGAUUUCUUUAAGCAGGUCCAGGAGAUUGAGAAACAAUAUGAAAAACUCAAUACUCUGCUGCGAAAGCUUCAGGAUGCUCAUGAGGAGUCAAAGUCUGUUACCAAGGCUGCUGCUAUGAAAGCAAUCAAGAAGCGAAUGGAGAAGGAUGUUGAUGAAGUUGGAAAAAUUGCCCGUUCCAUUAAAUCAAAGAUUGAGGAACUUGAUAAAGAGAAUUUAGCCAAUAGACAGAAGCCUGGAUGUGGAAAAGGAUCAGGUGUAGAUCGAUCUAGAACAGCAACGACAGUGAAUUUGAAGAAGAAGUUCAAAGACAGGAUGUCUGAUUUUCAGACUUUAAGAGAGAAUAUACAUCAAGAGUAUCGUGAGGUUGUCGAGAGGCGUGUAUUCACAGUGACGGGCAAUCGAGCUGAUGAGGAGACAAUUGAUAAAUUAAUCGAGACAGGCGAUAGUGAGCAGAUUUUCCAGAAUGCUAUCCGAGAGCAAGGCCGAGGGCAGGUAAUGGACACUUUGGCAGAAAUUCAAGAGCGGCAUGAUGCCGUUAAAGAUUUGGAAAAGAAGCUUCUAGAAUUGCAACAGAUCUUCAUGGACAUGGCUGUGCUGGUGGAUGCUCAAGGCGAUAUGCUCGACAACAUAGAGUCGCAGGUUUCGUCUGCUGUGGACCACGUACAAACUGGUAACACGGCUCUGCAGAAGGCCAAAAGCUUGCAAAGGAACUCCCGGAAAUGGAUGUGCAUAGCCAUCAUCAUCCUUCUCAUCAUUGUGGCAAUCAUUGUCGUGGGCGUACUCAAGCCAUGGCAGAACAAGAACGGCGCUUAAGUAAUUACCACCCUCAAUGUAUAAAAUACAAAACUAAGGUUUGUCAAUCGGAACUAGUUUCUUCCCUGCCGGCUAUUCUUCAAACUAUUAUUCUUUCCUACUCUGUGUGCUUUGGAGACUUUGGGGCGAUGUUUUCGCUCCCACUUUUGUUGAUUGGUAUGUGAGCCUUUUUUUUUUUUUUUCCGAGCAUAUUGUGUGAUUUAUAUGGUGUACAAACUACACUCAUUCGAGGCUUUACCGUAUAUGUAUAAAUAUACUAUAUUACUCUUUC